AUGCCGAAGCUGGAACCUCAUCUUCAGAAGGCGCUGCUGUAUGAUGCAUCUCUAUCGAAGAAUCAGUUUGAGUUGGUUCGAAAGUAUUUGAUUGUGGCACUCGGAUACAAUCCAUUCCAACCCGUCUCCAUGAUCAAAGCUCUUGACGUGGAGGUAUUUCAGCCAACGCACCUGUCGUUCAAGGAAGAUAAGCAAAACAAAAUGAGCCAUUACCGACCAGUUGAUGAAGCGAGCAAGUGGCAUUGGACAAGGCAACAACAAGACUUACAGAGGAGGAGAUAUCAAAAGAAUCGCAAGUGUCACAUCGUCUUUGGGGGGGACCAUGGCCAAGGAGCCUUUCGUGCUGUGGCGACGAUUCUACUCUUGUCCAAAGGCCACGUCCACAAGUAUGAGCUUGAGCUGGAGAAUGACUUUCUUUGUGGCUUCAUAGAGUGCAAGAAGGAUAACGCGGUAACACUGAACUAUUCCCUUGCAAAGCCACUCAAUGAUUCCUUGAAGAGAACUGGACCGGAGCUUGUAUUUUGCCAAGACGAGGACUCCAAUCGGUUCAUCGAGUGGGGGAGGACGGACGAGAUCAGUCGACGGGAAGGCAUCAUUGUCUUGCAUUCGGUUGAUGUAGAGUUGUUUAUGGUUGGAGACCUCAAGUUUCAGCUGAUGGUUGAAGGUAGAGUUGGCAGUGGUCAUUGGUGCGCUCGUUGUAAGCUGGGGAAGACCGAGUGGAGCAACGCAGAAAGCUGCAUCGCAUGUGGUGAAGCUUGGACUUGGGAAAAGAUCGCUGCUCAAAAGCAGUCAGCUGCACGGAUCCAACAGCAGAAGAAGAGACAACCCAAGCCAAAUGAAACCCGGGGAUGUGUACAGCCUCCGAUCUUUGAUGCCAUUCCGGUGCAAAACUACCUCACUCCGGUGUUACACGAUGUGGACCUCUUUACCAACACAGUCAAAUCGCUGUUUGAUUCAUAUGUCGACUAUAGACUUGAGAACAGACCGAAAGAGGUGCUGGAAGUUAGGUGGGCGGAAGCAGAUGGGAUAAUUGAUGAGGAGGAAGCUGAUGAUAGAGUUUACACAGCAACUGACUUACUGAAGACAGCGAAAGCAUUGGGCAAUCCCCUUCUGAUAACCGAAGCAAAGGAAUCAUUGGAAGCGGCCAAAGAGAACUGA